UGUAGGUCUAGGCCUAUAGGUCGCAUAAUAUAGGCAUUCAUGCUCAUUGUCAGACAACUAGUGUUAAUAAAAUUCAUUUUUAAUUCAACUAACUUCAUUUGCAUUUUGGAUGAUCAACAAAAGUUUUGUAUGACAGGGGUCUCCUAUAUCUACUGUAGGAUCAUUGAUAGGACAAACAAGAUACAUGAAUAUCUUAUUCAAGAUGGCAUCACUAGAGGGAGAAGCGAAGUCCUUAUGAAUGGUUGAGGACUUCGGCCAGGGUGACGACCAUGCGUAUGACGGAGAUCGUCCGAUUCUUCUUCGUCCUCGUCAUCUCCUCCAUGAGCAUGACGGUCCUCUGUCAGUUCUACCUUCUCUACCAGAAGAACUACCAGGACAUCAGCUUCGGAAGCAGGCAACUCAAAGGUGUGGAGCAGAAUGGAAAGGUCCUUGAGAGGGCGUUCCUCAAGCAGGUGUACCAACUGAAGGAAGGGGACAUAUCGGAGCUUCUUUCGCAUCGAUUGCAGCAGCGAGAUGAAUCCUCCGAUGACCGGAAAUAUGGCUAUGUCGAGCCUGUUGUCCAGAGAUUACACAACACCGGUAGGAAUGACAACACUACUGACGCAUCCAGGAAGAUAUUGAGAAACAACUCAAUGAUCCUGCCAGGAGAUAGAGAUGAGAUCGGGAGAAAGUUCUAUGCCAGGUUUGCCCAGGAGCUGGAGACCAAGCAAAAGAUCCUUGCAGUUUCGCCGACAAUGUCGAAGGUUCAACGAAUCAACACCUAUGCAGAAGCCUACAAGAAAUACAAUAUCUCGUCUAAGAAGGGCACGGUGGUUGCCAAAAAUAAGCGAGGAGAAACCAAGGUCUUGGUGACGCGCCCUCAUCCCUCACCUACCAAUGCAACAUAUCUGGGACCGAUGUUGGAUUUCGGUGUGGACUUUGAAGAAACUGAUGACUCCGGAGAACUGGUCCCUGGAUAUAAACGGAUGGUUCAUCCAAAAGGACACCAUAGAGAAAGGUUAAAGAAGGUCGAAGACAUAAAGACUCCUGGCAUUUUAAAUUCAACUAUUUGGAAAUCGUAUAUAGACUUGCAUGAGUACAGGUACAUCUUAAACCCGAAGCAAAAAUGCCUCACAGACGAAGGGACAUUCAAGCGUGUAUCCUUGCUAAUGAUUGUUGCAUCAGCGCCGAAGAAUUUCGAACGUCGUGACGCAAUAAGACGAAGUUGGGGUAUGGCAGGACGGAGCACCGACAUGCAUAUUGAAACCGUAUUCCUUGUAGGUGCUGUGUCAAGUAGGGAGGUCACUGAUGACCUCAGUCGCGAACUCGUCAACUACGGCGACAUCGUGCAGGAGGACUUCGUUGAUUCCUACCUAAACCUGACUAUCAAGACCGUGAUGGGUCUUAAGUGGGCCAGCAGGUACUGCCAGAAUGCCAAGUUCGUGAUGAAGACCGACGAUGACAUGGCAGUCAACACGAUCAAGAUGCUAAUUUACCUGCGAACAGCGCCCUCACGGAACUUUGUGGCCGGCAAGGCCGCCUUCAACUUUGAUAUCAUACGAGACGUGUAUAAUAAAUUCUACGUGCCAUAUUCUGUAACGAAGGAUGAUAAGUAUCCACCAUAUUGUAUCGGGAUAGGGUAUGUAAUAUCAAUGGACGUGGUUCACAAAGCCUAUAUUGCCGCACUUCAGACACCACUCUUCCCCUGGGAGGACGUCUUCUUUGGGCUUUGUCUUCGACGGAUCGGGGUGAUCCCGACCAUGAUCAAAGGUUUCAUGGGAGGAGGGUUCUUCGAUGAUGCCAAGGGAGGCAUCCUGAAGACGGAUCAUACCUCACUAAAUCGUUUAAGAUCCUCUUACGUCAUACAUGACCUCACUGUGAAGCAGCUUGGAAUGGUUUGGGGCCAGUGGGCUGGGUUAGCUCAUUCGUAACAGCUACGGCCGAAAAAAACACGCGCCAAUGGCCCAUAUUCUGAACUGGGGUUUAACUUAAACUCUGGUUUAAAGUUGUAGUUUAACUACGGAUAGCCAAUUAAAAUAGUAUAAUUUAAAUUUGUCAGCUCAUUUGACACUCAAAUCAUUCAUAAAUGACUUGGAAUGAUUAUUGAAAUAGUUCUAUUCAUCAAUGAAACUUAUGUCAGUAGUCAAAUAAAGAUAGGAAACAUAAAUGCAAUUUUGAAAUUUGUUUGCUUCCCAUAAUUUUAGCACGGAGUUAGACCAUGGCGGAUAAGUCUAACUGGACUUCCGAAUACGGGCCAUUAACAAGGAAGCACACCAUCUUAAGAUGAGUAAAUAGUCACAUAGAAAGAUAUCACCUAGAGCAGGUCACAUUGGAGUGUCCUUACACGACAUCUCGUUUUUCGUGAUUUAUUCAAAUGAAAUCAUCGUUCAGUAUAGAAGAAGAGACUGUCGCAUCAUGUUUUUCAAGUGUAUAAUAAAUAUGUCAUUAUUUUAUAGUUUAAUCAAUAUAUCAAUAAUGCACAUUAUGUAGUGCAAAAAGAAGCUUUCUUUGAGCACUUUCGAAGUAUACUAAUUAACAACGUCUAAUUAAUGGACUCAUUAAUGUGACAAUAACAUGAUCAUAUCGAACUGGCCUAAAUCAUCAUUCCGACCCAGUCUAUAUCGUUAAAUAUUCUUCGUUUAUUUCAACAUUCCCGGUCCAUUUUAAUAAUUUAUGAUCGGCCUAUUUCAAUAUUCUGGCCCGUCACCUUUUACAAUGUUUUUACAAUAUGAUUGUAUCUUAAAUACAAACAUUUUGUUUUUUCCAUGAUUUCAUCGACUUCAAACAAUAAUGAUGAUCGCACAAUGUCACCUUUUUUCUAUAAUGAUAUGAAUGUCCUGAAUUAUCAAAUAGUUUAUUUCGUUUUCUAAUUCGGUAGCGUUCAUCAAGAAUCCUGGAGCCUUGCUUGUGCAGAGUAUUUUCACUGUUCGCAAUUGAUUGAUGAUUUACCAUGUUCCAAGGGGAAAUCGUUGAUAUUAAAAUAUAUGAUGAAUAUGUGACGUCAUCGGCUUUCCUCGUUAAAUGAUAAAGUUU